AUGUCUAUCAAGAUCUCUACAAAGAAACAAGUUUUAGACUUGAUAAUAGACCAAUAUGAUUACUUUUUGUUUGAUUGUGAUGGAGUUUUAUGGUUAGGUGACCAUUUAUUGCCAUCAGUAAAAGAGACAUUGGAAUAUUUGAAAGAGGCUAAAAAGACAAUUAUAUUUGUAACAAACAACUCCACCAAAUCCAGAAGUACUUAUUUGAAGAAAUUUGAAAAAAUGGGUAUUCCUAAUAUCAAUAAAACUGAGAUAUUUGGGUCUGCUUUUGCCUCGGCUGUUUAUGUUGACAAGAUUUUGAAAUUGCCCAAGGAUAAACAUGUUUGGGUUUUAGGUGAAGAAGGUAUUGAGCAAGAACUUAAAGAAUUGGGGUAUACAACAAUUGGAGGAACCGAUCCCUCCUUGAAUAAAGAUGGGGUUAAUUUUGACCCAAAUACUUCAUUACUAGACAAUUUGGAUAGCAAUGUUGGUGCAGUAGUAUGUGGGUUAACUUUCCAGUUAAAUUACCUUAAACUUUCGUUAACAAUGCAAUAUUUAUUACAAGAUAAGAAAUCGAUACCGUUUAUUGCCACUAAUAUAGAUUCGACUUUCCCCGUAAAUGGGAAAUUACUAAUUGGUGCAGGUUCUAUAAUAGAUACUGUAGCAUAUGCAAGUAGUAGACAACCAGAUGCUGUAUGUGGAAAGCCUAAUCAAAGCAUGAUGAAUGCUAUCAAAGCACAGUUACCAGGAUUGGCCGAGAACCCUAAACGGGGCCUAAUGAUUGGUGAUCGGUUAAACACGGAUAUGAAAUUUGGUAAAAAUGGUGGGUUAGAUACCAUGUUGGUUUUAACUGGGAUUGAAACCGAAGAGAAUGUGCAGUCCUUAAAUGUGGAGGAUAAGGAUGUUGCUGUGCCCACAUAUUUUAUUGACAAAUUGGGAGACGUUUACGAAUUAACACACUGA